CAAAUUAAUAAACAAAGAGAAGAAGGAAGCGAAACAAAGAGAAGGAAAGGCUCCUCUCACCUAUUCAUCUCCUCUCCUUUUCUCCUACCAUUUAAUUUUGAUUACCCAGUGGAGUCUUCCCUUCCAUUGGAUUUGCCCACUCUCGCCAUCCAACCCUGCAAAAUUCCUCCUUUUUGCCUCUCCAUUCCUCCACUCGCUCUCUCUCCAGUCUCCACCUCUUUCCUCUUGCUUUCCUCCUUUCGUCUCCCUCUUCCCGUGGUCUGCUUGGACUCGAAACGAGAAUUCUACAGUUUUUUGUUGAAAAGAGGGCUGUUCUUGCUACUUUGUUUUGUGCCCUUUGGGACUGUUCGAACAUAGCAAAGUUAAAAAAAAAAAAAAAAAAUUCUUCCAUUUUAUGGCAAUUUUGCACAUAAAAAAAAAUUAGAUCUUUAAUUUUAUUUUUGCGACUUGUUUGUUUUACGUUGAUUUCUAUUGGGAUUAUUAGAAGGGGAAGAGGGAAGGAUUGGUACAAAUGGUAAAGGAAGGACCUUGCCGUCAUUGUGGAGUUACAAGUACCCCUCUUUGGCGAAACGGACCACCUGAAAAGCCAAUUUUAUGCAAUGCAUGCGGUUCCAGGUGGAGAACCAAGGGUUCAUUGACAAACUAUGUCCCAUUGCAUGCUCGAGAAGCGUUCAAUGUAAGUGAAGUAAAAGUCCCCUCCAAAAUAACUGUAUUCUUCAAAGAGAAGAAGCUGCAAAAGAAAAAGGAAAGCAAUUAUAUUUUGGAAGGAGAUCGCGAAGUGCAGUAUCCUGACCAGUAUUGUCACAAGUUUGCCGAGGGAGAUACAAGCAAUCGAUCUAGUUCUGGGUCAGCCAUUUCGGGUUCUGAUAGUUGUGUAAAUUUUGGCAUAAAUGAUGCAAGUGAAAUUACAGGCUCAGUGCAGUCAAAUAUAUGGGACUCACUAAUGCCUUCUAAGAAGAGGACAUUUUUGCCUCGCCCAAAGUCUUCUUCCAUCGAAAAACUUACGAAGGACCUACAUUCCAUAUUGCAUGAAGAACAAGCCUCAAACAUGUCCAGAACCACAGAAGAAGACAAUUUGCUUUAUGAAAGUGGAACUCCAUUUGAUUCUUCUGAGAUUGGCUAUGGAGGCAUACUGAUUAAACAUCCAUAUGCAAAAUCUGUCGAGGAAGAAUCAGAAGCUAGCUCAUUUUCAGUAGAUAAACUUAAAACUAUAAAAGAAGGUUAUUCAAGCUCAACAUCGUUUCCUGUAAAUAGUGAGGACAAAGGAGCCAGUUGUACUAAAUCAGGGAUGGACACAAUGAAGUCAACCUCACAAGUAUCCCGACAUACCGACAACAGGGACACAAUUUCUCAUGAACAAAUAAUCAUGUUACAAGAUAGAGAAUCUCCCUUGGGUUAUGCAGAUUUAAGUGCUAUUUUUAACUUCGAGGGUUUCACUAAAUAUCUGACAUACGAGGAACAACAUAGAUUGAUGAAAUAUCUACCAUGUAUCGACACUACUAAACCUCCUGAAAGCCUCAAAACAAUGUUCUCAAGUUCCCAAUUUUUGGAGACAUUUUCUCACUUCCAGCUUCUGCUUCGGGAAGGAGUUUUCGAUCUCUCAUUGCCCAAAACAAAUGUUGAAGAGUGCAAAACUUUAAGGAGGCUCGUAUUACGAAACUGCAGAAGGUUUGAAUGGUUACGACUCUACCAAAAAUUGAAGGAUGCAUCCUCUAAGAUCAGAGAAGGAGAUGGAACACUGACCAAACUUACAUUUCCUCGAGUUUACAAUUUCACAUCCCUGAAACGACAGAGGGACAAGCAAAAUCUUAACUCUUCAGAUAUCAAAAAUCUUGUGAAAAGUGCUAAAAGGGCAUGCAAGCCUGAGCUGAUGAAUCAUCAUCCUUCAGUAUCUGCAAAUCAGCUGGAAUCUAGUGCAGUUUCAAAAGUAACCGACGAUGUGAAUGAGUUUCUCGACCAUGAGGAUUGUUGCUUCAGUCCGAGAAGCUUUUUUACUUCUCUUCCGGAUAGUAACUACACGAUGUUCAUAGCCGAUAGCACUGAAGAUGACUUGCUUCUCGAUGUGCCCCCCGGCAUAUCAUUUCCUGAAGCACAACUCUUGUGCCAUCCUCAGGAACAGAAGGCGAGCCUAAAUGGUUUGCCUAGAGACAUUGGAGUUGAAGAUCGCGAUCGGCCAUCUUCGAGUUUCAGUAAUAGAUAAUCAUCAAGGGUCUGAUAACAGAAAGGACUGCAGCCAAGUAGUUGAGAGAUCGAUCGAUCUACUUAUUUCAAGUAUGCUACAACACUGACGACAUUAUAUUGAAAUUAUGGACUGGCUUGGGCUGGUUUUUUGCUCUUGUAUUAUUAACCAUGACAAAAUAGUUUGUCAAACAAUUGAAAAAUAGAAUUGAAAAAUAAUAUAAAAUUGAUGCAA